AUGACAUCUCAGAUCCCCACAACAACACCGUAUGCCUGGCCACAUAACUCAACCCUAUAUCCCACAACAACCGCCCUCGUCAUCAUAGACAUGCAACGCGACUUCCUCUCACCAGGCGGCUAUCUCUCCUCACAAGGCUACUCUCUAGCCCGUUUCGAGCCACUGAUUCCCCGCAUCGCAUCCUUACUGUCCACAUUCCGCCGCGCAGGCUUCCCCGUCGUACACACACGGGAAGGUCACGAUCCCUCGCUAGCAACAGUCAGCAGCAGAGAAGCCCAUCGGAGUCGGGUCAACGGCGCAGAAAUAGGAAGUCAGGGUCCGUUGGGUCGUCUGUUGAUCCGCGGUGAGGAGGGGCAUGAGAUUAUUGAGGAGUUGAGGCCGGCGAAGGGAGAGCUGGUUAUUGAUAAGCCGGGACGAGGGGCGUUUGUCCAUACGGAGCUUGAUAUGAUGUUGAGAGCGAAGGGGGUGAAGAAUUUGGUGGUUUGUGGGGUCACGGCGGAUGCGUGUGUGAGUAGUACGGUGCGGGAGGCAAGUGACAGGGGGUUUGAUGUGCUGGUUGUGGAGGAUGGCGUGGAGAGUAGAGGCCCAUACACUACAGCGCACCCAACCAACAUGGCCUUCAUCCCCACCGAGCAUGCCUUCCCCAUAAGAGUAAACGCAGUAGAACGCUUCAUCGACACCUCCGCCGCCGAAACCACCUUCUGGGAAGACGCCCGAGACGACCUACAGCCCUGGACCCAUUGCAACCUCAACCCAGACCUUGCUCCCAUACGCGAAGGUUUCGGUUACGAAGUGCGACACUACUACAAGAGCCCGUCUGGCGAUGUUGAGAUAUUCCCAGGUGCCCAGGGUGUGAUUGUGGGUGUACCGCCGCCGGAUUGUGGUCAUGCUAGAGGCUAUGCCAAGGUCCAUGUUCCUGAACUCGACCAGGUCAAGAUCGUGCCGAUGGUCAUACUGCGGGCUGGCAAUGUUCACAUUGAGGAUCGCAAGUUGUACAACGAGAUCAUCAGUAGCCAAGGUAUACUCGCUUCGAAGAGUGGACAGCCGUUUGACCAGCUUGAUGUGGUUACUCAAGCGUACCUCCUGGCUAUGGCUGCGACCAACGUGGAGAAGUGUUAG